CUGCCUGGGAAAAUCCAGACAGAGAUGAAAUCAACUGAACGAAGGACAGAAUUUAGACUUCAGAUUUUUCCGGUCUUGGCCUUGCAGAGUAAAACCAUGUCUGUACAGACACAGAGGACGUGUUUCACUGCACUGAGAAAAGUAUUUACAAGAAGACGUUCCAGAUGAUUUUAAGUCAUAUAUAUUUUUGAGUCUGCAGAGGUUCGUGUGUACGUGGGUGGUGUAGAAUUUCCAGUCCCUCUGACAGCAGUGUGCUGGUGGAAUGGGAAAUUUUUCCUUGGCAGUCCGGAAGUGUUGCAGUGUUCCGUUAGCUGCCAACAAGAAUUUUGUCCGACAGACGUCCGAGGAACAGAGGCAAAAAAUGCAGCGCACAAGCACUGUAUAUCCAUCCAGCAGUGUUAUUGUGCAACCAUCAAAGUCAUCAAAUGCAGGUGUGAGCAGAGCUACAGAAGCUGUCCAGUCUGUUCCAGUGGUGCCAGCUUCUAAAGCCUCUACAGAACCACAGAGCACAGAAGCGGCACCGGCUCUUCCAGAGCUUCUGGGAGAUAUACCAUUUACCCUAGCACCACAUGUCCUGGCCAUGCAGUCCGGCCUGCCCUUCAUCCCAGAGUUCAUCCUGCCUCGAGACAUCAACGAAAACCUGGCCAGCUUCUGCUAUGACUUUACUCUGGAAAACUCAGUCCUCUAUGAGCCAUGAUCUACCCAUGAACUGUGACCGCGACAUCAGUGAAGUGCCCAUCAGCCUUAGCCUCAGAUUUACUGGUUACUUGCUAAAAAGGCUACUGUAGCAAGCAGUACUGCAGGUCUGAAUCAUGCACUUAAUAUGUCUUAUAGAAAGUUGCUUAUGUGGUUUCUGUUACUGUAUCACACAUACUGUUAUCUAUAAUAAUAUAUCUGUGUCAGAAACCACAUAAGCAAGUUCAAUAGAUAGAUUACUGAACAACUCAAUAUUUUCGGUCUGCAGUUAGUGCCAUGGUAAUUGGUGGGGUAGAAGCUUUCAUUUCUUUUUAGCAGCAUUAGCUUUGUAGCUCCAGUGUAAACAAACAACCGAUCUGAAGGGAUUUGAGGGACAAUGUGAUUAUUUAUACUCAGACUUUAAAAAAUGAGAGGUCUCUUUUUGGAUGAUUUAAACCUUUGGAGGUAAAAAAAACAAGUAUACGAUACCAAGUUCUAAUAGCAAGAGUGUUCUUCUCUAUGUACUCAGGAUUUUUCGAGUUAAGUAGUAGCUACAGUUUAUUGAACUUUUAAAACAUGGCAUGAUAUUGUUUAAAAAAAAAGAACUUCUGUACCAUUAAAUGGUAAAGAUGUCAACAGUUAGAAUAGUUUGGCGUGAAAUGCUCUGUUCCAGGGAAACUUAGUCAGAAUUAUUCAAAGUGUGAGAACUGGAGAUAUCUGUAUGAAAAAAAAGGCUGUGAAUAACGCUGAUGGUUUUAAGAAAGGUUGUGUCUAAAAUGUAUUGUUCAAUGCAAUUCAUUGUGGCUCACUUGCACAUUUACACAGCAGGUAAAGUGAUCCAAAUCCAAUCUUUUUUUAAUGUAACCUACAAUAUAUUUGACAUAUUUCUGAUUUAGGCCACAUUCACCUGAUGUGUGAAUGCAACCCUACGGUAUGUGUGCAAUAGCUCUUAAGCCUUGAUGCAUCUUUUUCAUUUCAGUGGAGAGAUGCCGCAUGCCUCGGUGCAUGCUGGGUUGCAUUGUGCCGAAUGCAGCCUCGCAAUCCAGCCAAAAUUUUAGCAGAGCUCAACUUUAUUCAAAUAAAUCUAGCCGUCAGACUGCAUCCAGCCAAUCGGGAGGAGUAGGGUGCGACCUCGCACACAUACGAGCUUCUCACACACAGAACAGGUGCCUUUCAACCUCAUUAGAGAAGCUGAAAAUGAAAUAUGGAAUAGAUUGCAGUCAGCUUGAUUAAAAACUACUUCACUUCUGUUCUGCUUCAUUUGAAUCCUAUAAUGUCACUCACAAACACACCCAUGUGGCGAGCAGAGAUAUCCGGCAGGGUGGAUUUCGUGGGGAAAAUAGCGCUAGUGGCCACGUACCGUUAUUCUCGCACUCACUUGUGCAUGCCUAGCAGCAUACAAAUGUUCCACAAGGGGGUUCGGUUAGCAGUGCUUGUUUUAGUCAUGAAGAUCCAUAUUUCCCAUUAUUCCCACCAUAACUAUAAACGGAAAUGUAAAUAAAUGUACAUUCUUUGUAACAAACACACCAAAUUUCACACCAAACUUAUUCUAAAUUACUUGGCUGUGUCAAAAGUGUUGAAGAAACAUGAAGAAAUUCUGACAAUAAUAAACUAAUCUGAAUUUUCACUUUAUUUAUUUAUACUGCAUGAAAAAGCUAUGUGCAAUAUAUGGACUGUUUAAAUUUCAGGUGUUCAAAGACACUAUACUGUAACACAUGCUUACAAACAUCUUUACUGUUAAUAAUGUUACAGACCCUUUUGCAAGGUUUGACAUAUUUUUUCUUUCUUUUCAGCUCACUGUUGAUUCAUGUAUUGUCACGUUUCAGAUCUGGUUGUCUUUAUCACAGGAACCUAUCAGUAAUCUCUUGCAGGAAAUUAGAAAAAAGAUGUGAGGUCUUAAUAAUAAAUAUAUGUUAUGUGAGAUUUUGAAGGCCUUAUUGUAACUCUUUUGAAUAAGAAUUUCUGCUUUCCAUGAAUUAUUGCCUGUGUAUAUUUUUUUCCACUCUGGGUGUUUGGCCUCACACUGUCAUUGUUUACUGUGGAUAUUUUAUGUCUUUGUUUAUGUGUACAUGUGUUUUGAAUUACAAAGGAGUAUUUGUUUUGGACUCAGCAUUUUUCCUCACUCUUCACUUUUUAUCAAGAAUUGCAGUGGUGUUUAUUUUUGUGGAAUCCAGAGGUUAUUAAACCAGUACACAUUUUCACUCGACCCCAUCUCACAACACCUAAGGACAAAGCGUGCAAAAUUAUGAGUCAAGCAAAAAUGUGGACUGUCUGGAGGGCCUUGAAGAUGGGUUAGAGAACCACGGUACCGCACCGAGGCAUUCUGGUGUGACUGGCUGGGUGUCAAUGGUAUGCAUGCUGCUAUUUACAAGUUACCCUCAUGGAAAAUGAGCAACAAAGGAGUCGUAUAGGUUUUUAAAUGCUUCAAAGCUGUAUUUGUGGUGUCUCUUAUUCCUGUAUAUCAGCCUACUUCUUUGUGGUUUGAGCAUGAGCUCUCACUGUUUGCUGUACGAAACUGAAACAGUCUUUUUUUUUUAUUAUGUUGAAUUAUGAUAUGUUGUGUCGUGUAUAGUUUGUAAACCCUGAAUUAUUUUCUUCUAGAACCUACUUUAAUGAAGUUACAUAAAGAACUGAUAUUGCAGUAGGA